AUGGGGAGGCUGUUCAUCGAGUUUGUCGACGAGGAUGUCGGCGCAAAAUACAUUUGCCGCUGCGGGUGCGACAUUGCAAGCGAGAGAUGCCUGCUGUGGGAGGGCUACAUGGGUUCUGCCACCCCUGCCUUCCUGUUCCGCACGGCAGUCAACCUUGAGCCUUCCGGCCCCAAGCGCCAGGAGGUGCUGAGCACGGGGCGCUACACGCUGUCGGAUGUGCGGUGCAGAACAUGCUGCACCAAGCUGGGGUGGAAGUAUUUGGCGGCGGAGAGCGCGGCCGAGAAGUACAAGGAGAACGCGGUGCUGCUGCAGCAGGGCGCGCUGCAGCGCAUCAACAACCUCGCGGUGCGGCCGGUGGCCAGCCGCCCCGGCGCCGCGCCGCACGCCGGCGCCGCGCCGCAGCUGAGCACGUGA